AGUAACCUUAUCUAGACUAUUUUGGUCCUUCGCGGCUUCCGUACCCAGCGUGGAUUUCAAUGACAUUCUGAGCUUUCAUAAGGCAGUUUACUACAGCAGGGUGAAAAAUGUCUUUAACGUUUUUAUUCAGAACAAUUACGAGAGACUUUGCAAAGGUCAGCGUUUGCCAGCACGUACAGUCGUUACACACAGGUUGUCAACUACUGGCAGUAGAGAAAAACCUCCUGAUAAAUCUACGGAAAAGCACCGGCUACACUUUCAUUAAGUGCAAGACAGCCCUGGAGAAGUUUGAUAAUGAUGUAGCACAGGCAGAGAAAUGGCUACAUGAGCAGGCCCAGAAGGAGGGCUGGACCAAAGCAAACAAGCUGGAUGGUCGCAAAGCCAAAGAGGGCCUGAUCGGCCUGUUUGUAGGAGAUAAAGCGGCAGUAAUGGUGGAGGUUAACUGCGAGACAGAUUUUGUUGCCCGCAACGAGAAGUUCCACCAGCUGGUUAAAGAUGCAGUAUUUGCCACCUUGGCUUUUCACCAAAAUAAAAGGCAAAGCCAGACUGAAUAUGUGAAGAGUGUCCUGGCAGCUGAAGAGUUAAGCAAAAUUAGUGUGUCUGAAGGAGCUUCACUUGCUGACCAGGUGGCUCUCACAAUAGGUCGACUCGGAGAGAACAUGUCAGUGAAGCGGGCAGUAGCACUUGGUGUCCCUGCUGAGUGGCACAUUGGCUCGUAUGUACACGGUGGUGUGAGCGGCCAGACUGAGGUGGCCAUGGGUCGGUAUGGUUCCCUGGUUGUAUUUCAGGGCGGAAAGGAGGGAGAACAGGAAGUUCUAGGACGUAAGCUGGGACAGCAUGUAGUGGGAGAGGCCCCUCUGUCCCUGGGCAACAUGGAUGACCUGCCCUGCGGUGACAGUGAGACACGUCUGCUGCCUCAGACCUUCCUGGGAGACCCCAGCAGAACUGUGGCACAAUUGCUUAAGGGUCAACAGGCUCAAGUAUUGGACUUUGUCCGAUUUCAGUGUGGUGAGCCAGUCAGCGAAGAAGCAAAAUAGGCCGAGGGAAAUGAUUAAUGCAAAAGGAUUCUUCAUGUGUCUUAUUUUUAAAGAAAUGUAACGCCCCCCUUUUAUUCUUGAACAUUCAGUCAGUCACACAGUGUCAGUAUGAAAUUGUCAUGUAGGCCUACCAGAGGAAAUUACAAAUCCAACAAUAAAAUGUUUUUUUUUCUUGAAA